GUGAGUCUUCUUCAUCCUCUGCAACAUGAUCAGAGGAAGAAGCGCCUGCGCCUACGCCAGCGGGUACGGGGGCACCAGAUCCAGCGAUGGCCAGUGAGUCAUCCUCUGCGACAGCGUCAGCGGAAGAAACACCCGCGCCUACUCCAGAGGGCACGGAGGGACCAGCUCCAGGGACGGCUAGUGAGUCUUCUUCAUCCUCUGCAUCAGCAUCGGAGGAAGAAGCGCCCGCGUCUACACCAGAGGGCACGGGGGGACCAGGUCCAGGGAUUGCUAGUGAGUAUUCUUCAUCCUCUGUGACAGCGUCAGCGUCAGCAUCAGAGGAAGAAACACCUAUGCCUACGCCAGAGGGCACGGAGGGACCGAGUCCAGGGUCGGCUAGUGAGUCUUCAUCCUCUGCAAGAGCGUCGGAGGAAGAAGCGCCGGCGCCUACGCCAGAGGGAAGAAACACCGGCGCCUACGCCAGCGGGCGCAGGGGGACCAGGUUCAGGGACAGCUAGUGAGUAUUCUUCAUCCUCUGCAACAUCCUUUGCAUCAGCGUCGGAGGAAGAAGCGCCGGCGCCUACGCCAGGGGGCACCGGUGGACCAGGUCCAGGGACGGCUGGUGAGUCUUCUUCAUCUUCUGCAACAUCCUCUGCAACACCAUCAGAGGAAGAAGCGCCGGCGCCUACGCCAGAGGGCACGCGGGCAACAGGUCCAGGGACGUCGAGUGAGUCUUCUUCAUCCUCUGCAACAUCCUCUUCAACAGCAUCAGAGGAAGAAGCGCCGGCGCCUACGCCAGAGGGCACGAGGAGACCAGGUCCAGGGAUCGCUAGUGAGUCGUCUUCAUCCUCUGCAACAUCCGUAGAGGAAGAAGCGCCGGCUCCUACGCCGGAGGGUACAGGGGGACUAGCCCCAGGGUCGGCUUGUGAGUCUUCUUCAUCCUCUGCAACAAAGUCGCCGGAAGCGCCCCCAGCGGCAGAGAUCGCACCGCGGUCUGAAUCCCCGUCUGUCGCCACGCCGCCUCCUGCACCAUUUUCAAGUUACUCUUCUGAACCAGGAGUGGGCAAAACGCUGUCUUCGUCGACGGAUUCACAGCCUGAGGUGCCGGGCAAAUCACCACUUGUGGAGGGCCCUUCUUCUGUCGUGACUCCUGAGCCCUCGGUCGGUGGUUUUGCUCCAUCACCACCGAUAGCGACAACGCCCAGCGACGGCGCCAGCAACCGCUGAGGUCCUGACUCUUGCGCCGGCGAUGGGACAACCACCCGUGGAGGAGAAUCAACCAAGCGCUACUCCACGCAAGCUCAACCUUGUUUUUGUUUGAUUCGAGAGUAGACUGUGUUGAUUGAACGAGGAAGGGGUUGGGUGUCUGCAGUUGCAAGGAGUUCAACUCGAGUGGAGGUGUUUCGCAUGUUUCUCGAGCAGAACUCUUGCGGUGUUUGGGAAUUAUGUGGUUCAUACCUCUAUUCGUGUUCUUUCUUAGUCUGUGCGCCGUAAGCCUUACGCGGGGACCUCAAUGCCAUCAUUAUUGACUGUUUCUUCGGCGCGCAAGUUCGCUUUGUCUCAACAGUAGCAAG